CCUCUAUCUCAGCAGACGCUUUUUUUUUUUCGUUUGUAAUAAAAUCAUCGAGUUCAGACUCCAAAACUGGCUGCUAGAUGCAGUUGGGUGCCUAAAUGUUGGAAGUUGAAAAUCAUUGAGUUAAACUUGUUCACAUUUGAAAAUGUCUAGAUUACUUACCAUCAUGGUAAAUAGAUUAAAUCAAAAAUCAAGAUGGGAUGUAAUAGCAAGAGGCUAUUUAAAGACAACUGUGUUCAGCUAUUGUAGCACCUUGUCGAAAAAUUCUGGUAGCACUCCACCAAAAGUAUUCCCAAAGAUCUACACCAAAACUGGAGAUAGUGGUAUGACAUCAACAUUCACAGGGGAAAGACGGGCUAAGGAUGACAACAUUUUUCAGGCAUUAGGUGCAGUAGAUGAGCUUGCAUCUUUGCUAGGGCUAUCCAGAGAGUUUGGUUUAGAUAACUCUCAUCCUUAUACUGACCAUUUACAAAGAAUUCAGUGUAUCUUACAAGAUGUGAAUGCUUGCAUAGCAACACCAUUUUCUUCAGCUAGAGAAGCACAUUUGGUCAAAACAGAAUUUGACUCCAGUCAUGUUGGAGAAUUAGAAGAAUGGAUUGAUUCCUACAGCACCCAUCUUCCCCCUUUGGAAAACUUUAUUUUACCAGGAGGAGGGAAAGCUAGUUCAUCACUCCAUGUUGCCCGAACGGUUUGCCGAAGAGCCGAAAGAGCUGUUGUACCCCUAGUUCGGGAACAAGAAAUAAACCCAGAAACAUUGAAGUACCUGAAUCGCUUAUCUGAUCUGCUAUUUACCUUAGCAAGAUUUGCCGCAAAACUCGACAAAAGGCAGGAAACAGUUUAUCUUAGACCUGGCAAAAAAUGAAGUGUAUGCAAAGAGUUCGUAACGUCGUUGUGAAAUACACUCGCACGUUGUA